AUGGAGUCCGAAAAGGUAGCCUAUGCUUCGUCUCAGCCUGAUUCUCAGGAUCGGGAUGUCGACAAGAAGACCUACUCGGUAGAUGUUAACGACAACGAACAUGACCCGCACUAUGAGGAUCCUGACCUUGUCCUCGACAACAAAUUUCCCUUCCCACCGCUCCAUGGAAUUCCAGAGGAGGAGCGACAGAUCACUAUCCGUGCACUUGUACUCGGAGCCUGCCUGGGUGCUGUCGUGUCUGCUUCGAACAUCUACCUUGGUCUCAAGACUGGGUGGACGUUCGGUGCUUCUCUUUUCGGUUCUAUUCUCGGUUUUGCCAUUCUCAAGCCCAUAUCGAAAGUUGCUCCCAGAUAUCUGGGUGGAGGACAUUUCGGUCCAAAAGAAAAUGUGACUGUUCAAUCAGCAGCAACCGCCGCUGGAGGCUUGGGUAUAAUUUUCGUCGGUGCUGUCCCAGCCAUGUAUCAUUUGAAACUGCUCUCCGACAAGCCCCAACAGGAUAUGGGCAAACUGAUCACCUUUUCACUCUGCACCGCUUAUUACGGCCUAUUCUUUGCCAUCGCAUUGAGGAAGUUUUACAUCCUGAAGUUGAAGCUCAUCUUCCCAUCGCCCACGGCCGUUGCCUACACCAUUCGUGCACUUCAUGCAGGUGGGGCAGAAGGCGAGAAGGCCGCCGCCAGGAAAGCCAAAGUACUUGGGAUCUCAUUUGCCGCCGCUGUUGCUUUACGAGUUGCCUCGAUGUACGCACCUGGAAUCCUCUGGGACCACAACAUCUUUUGGUGGGUCUACACUUGGGGAUGGACGAGUGCGAUCAGCAUCCAUUCCUGGGGCUGGCUUUUCGAGUACACGCCGGCUUUCCUUGGAGCCGGUAUCCUCUCUGGAAUGAACGCCUCGUUGUCUUUCUUCUUGGGUGACGUUCUCGCGUGGGGCUUGGUUGGUCCGCUGACUGUGAAAUAUGGCGAAACUUUCGGUGCCGCAAUUGACAAAGAGACUUAUCCAGGCUGGAUGAACUACAACAGCUUGGGUAUACCAAAAGGUUUCACAUCGCAAAAGCACCAUCCGUCGCCCCGAUACUGGAAUUUGUGGAUUGGAGUCAUGGUCAUGCUCUGCGCCUCGUUUGCCGAGGUGGCCAUGAAUUCUCCAAUGAUGUACCGUGGGAUGAAGAGGGCCUUCUUCGAAACUGCCGAGAAGUUCCCCAAGUCCAGAGCUUUUGCCGAAAAGCAUCUGCAUGGAGAAGAAGAGGACUCUCUAGAUCCGUCUCCCAAAGAGGAGCAAGUUCCAGUUUGGGCUUGGUCCGUUGGUCUCGUCUGUGCGAUUGCAGUUUCAAUGAUUGUGCUUGCCCUCCAGUACAAUGUCAGCCCUGGACUCACGAUUCUCGCCGUCAUUCUUGCCUUCAUUUUCUCCUUCAUUGCUGCUCAGUCAGCAGGUGCCACAGAUAUCAACCCAGUGUCAACUUGUGCCAAAGCAUCUCAGCUUGUUUUCGGUGGUGUUACUCAAGGACAGGGCAUUCAUGGCGAUAAAGCAUUGACCACAAACAUGACCGCAGGUAUAGUUGCUGGUGGAGCGGCAGCCCAGUCCGUCGAUAUGUUGGGCGAUCUGAGAACCGGCUACCUCCUCUCCGCCUCUCCAUAUGCGCAAUUCAUUGCUCAGGCAUUUGGCUCCUUCUUCAGUAUCUUCCUCUGUACUGGGUUUUUCGUUCUCUUCUCCAAUGCCUAUCCAUGCAUCAUCGAUGCAGAUUGGGAUGAAACGGUCCAGGGUAAAUGCCAAUUCGGUAUUCCUUCUGUUGCGGCUUGGGUCGCUGUUUCCAAAGCGGUUACAGGGGCAGACUUUCCCGUUCCUCCCAACGCGGCGAUCACAGCUCUCUGUCUGGGUAUAUUGUCCGUCAUCAUCGUUGUUGCAAAGUACCUUUGGAUUCCAACCAAGUUCCACCGUUAUGUCCCUAACAUGAACGCUGUUGGUCUUGCAUUCACCCUACCCCAGACACAAUACGCCACUGCCAUGGCCACUGGAGCCAUUCUGUCCAAGAUCUGGCUCAAGCGAAGCCCACGUACUUGGAACGAGUUUGCAUACUCCAUUGCCGCCGGUGCUUGCGCUGGAGAAGGAAUUGGAGGUGUCAUCAAUGCUCUUUUCCAAGUCAUUGGGAUCUCUGGUGACAAGUAUGGUUCGCCAGUCGCUUGCCCUGGCGGCGAAUACUGUGGCUAA